AUGACUCACUCCUCCCGGGAUGUUGGACCUCACGGCAUCCACGAAGAAGGAAAACUCUAUGUUGUGGAUUCCAUAAAUGACUUGAACAAACUCAAUCUCUGUCCGACAGAAUCGCAACAUCUAUUCUCGUUAGAGGAGAAAAUCUCAAACACUGCUACGCACCCAGGAAGUGGAAGACGCGGUCUGUUCUUUGUGGGACUGCUCCUGAUGUUGACGGUCAGCCUAGCUCUGGUGUUCUUUGCCAUCUUCCUAAUAAUUCAGACAGGAAACCAGAUGGACGACGUGUCCAGAAGACUGAUGGCUGAGGGAAGGGACAUAGACCACCUUAAGAAAAUCAACAGCAUGAUCGUACAGCGGCUCAACCAACUGGACUCGGAACGGAACUGAAAUGAUUUCCCCUUGAGUGGCCGCGGAUAGCAGGAGCUUCUCAGCUUGCCCGGAAGUACAAAGGACUGAGAAAGUGCGCUGCUUCAGGAGGCAGAUCCGCUCUGACACCCGCUAGUUCAAGGACGGGGAUCGCUCCGAGUUUAGAGGCGGCAGCCGGAAAGAGGUGAACUGGAUUCAGGCUGAUAUCCUGCUAACCGGUUGCUUCAGCUUU